UCCAAACCUUUCAUUCCUAGGGUAUUGACUAAGGUGACUAUGACAUCUCUCCACUCAAUAAAUGAUAACACACUCAAUAGAUGUUUUCUUUCUUUACUGUAACCUUGUGAGUUGAGAAGCCAGUGAACACAUAAAAGACACUGGAAAUCAAUGGCUACAAGGGCAUGGAAUUAUUGCUGGGUCAUCUUAGGAUUGGCUUUGAUGAAUAUGAUGGGUUGUUCAGCAGAGCAACAUGUGGUGGGAGAUGACAGAGAAUGGGAUCUUCUCUCAGAUUUCAAAGGAUGGGCUUCUCGCAAGAUCUUCCGAGUAGGAGAUAACCUCUGGUUUGCUUAUGCCUCCUCGCAACAAAGUGUAAUAGAGCUGAAGGGCCGAGAAGAGUUUGAGAAUUGUGAUGUGAGCAACCCAAUUAAGUUAUUUAAUGGAGGACUAGAUGCAGUCCCACUCAUUGAAAUGGGUGACAGGUAUUUUACCAGCGGAAAUGCAGAAGCCUGUAAACGUGGGAUGAAAGUGCACAUUAAUGUUGUAUCUGAUGGACGCCACAAUGCCCAAUCUGACAUUUUCGAUGUAGUUUCAGAUGGGCUUGACAAAGUACACAAAGAUUGGGGUUUAGGUUUAUUAUCAGAUGGAUUAGAGAAGGGUAAGGACAACCUUGUGUUGAAAUCAGAUGGAAUGGAUCAUUCUAUUGCUUCUUCUGAUGGUGAAGAUUCGAGGAAGAAGAAGGCGGCAAUAAUGGAGGCCAUUGCUGAAGGACCAACAUCAGGAACCCUUGGAUUAUCUCGAUCAAUUAUAAUAAAUCUCUCCUUUUGUGUUACUGUUAUCACCAUGCUCUACGCCAUGGUUUAGAUUCAACUCUCUGUUAAGGACAUAUAUAUAUAUAUAUAUAGUGAUUAGAAUGUUCAACUGAAAUGUCAGGAACAGUAAAAAUUUGCAUGAACAUUACAACUUAUACGUGUGUAAUUGAAUUGACACUAAGGUGUACUAAAUUAGCUAUUGAUUAGACAGCCAUUUCUGGUUUACGUAA